AUGGCCUCGGAUCGCGGGGUCCCAGGGGCCGGCGUCUUUGGAGAUUUACCCCCGAGUUAUACGCGCUCCCAGCCGCCUACGAACCCAGACCUGCUCCGGAGACCGAGCUACUGCCACGCUGCUUUCGCACUUAAACAGAUCUCAAAGGGGAAGGCGGUAGGUCAGAAAGCUCCUCUGUGGAUCCGGGCGAGGUUCCAGGCCCUCCUGUUCUCUCUGGGCUGCCACAUCCAGAGGCACUGUGGGAAGGUUCUCUUUAUUGGACUCUUAGUAUUCGGGGCUCUUUCCGUGGGACUCAGAGUCGCAGCCAUCGAAACAGACAUCGAGCAGCUAUGGGUGGAAGUGCCGGGGCUGAUCCCCGCAGCAGAUGGACUGUGUGAAUGGUUAGCCAUCUUUGAGGGCUCUGACCCCUCCCCCCUCGGCUCCCUGUGUGGUCCCUAA